UUACCAUUUUGGUUCCAGUCGAGUCGUCAUAAAACAAAAGCUGCUCCUAGAUCCUAGGCCUAGGAUCCUAGCUAGCUCUGCCGUAAAGUUAAAAGAUGGCAAACCAAGUUAAUGAACCUGGACCCGAGGCUGGCUCCCUGUACCCUGACCUAUCAACACUGGAGGGUGACGAUGACAUAUUGACAGCUCUAGCCGAGUCCCCUAAGCCUAAGAGGCCUCCCAGACCACCACCUCCCAGGUCUCAGCUCAUACCAGCUCGAGCAAUAGACGCUGUCCUUAACGAUGACAGACUGGACAUACCCGGAGUCGUGGCCACACCCACUGAUGGAGGGGGCGGGGAAGAGUUUGGGCGUAGUCAGGAAACCGGUCCAACUGCAUCAGCCACGGUUCCUACACCACUCCCACUCACUCUCGAACAAGUCCGCUGGUUCUAUCAAGAGCCUGGCAAGUUCUGGCUGCCAUUUUCCGGCCCUGAUUCUCUAUCUCUUGAACAAAGCUACUCUAAGUGUGUAGGAGGUGAUCUAACCUCAGAGAGGGCUGGCCUAGUGCAGGUUAUGGGGGAUCUAUACGAGGUGAAUAUACUCGAGAGAAUGUGUCGACACAUCUACUGGUCAGAGAUGGAGGAGUGGCCAGUGUUGAGAGGAUGCUGGUUCGAGGUCAGUGGUGACAAGAAGUGGUAUCCAGUGCCCGAGGCAGAGCAUCAGCUGAUUGAGAACGCCCACAUGGACAGACAGUGGAGGGAGAAGGUAAAGUCUGCUGAGGAUCUUGUACAGUGGGCGGAAACUGUUAGUGUGGGUUCAAAGGUCGGCCCCGCCUCUCAGACUGACGGGCCAGCCAAGCCUACCAAACAACCUGAAGAAGAGGUGCUCCAUCGUCUGGCUCUGGAUAAGUACGAGGUCAUGUGGAUGGGGACCGGGGAAAUCAGAAAACUUAAGAAAGAGAUAUCAACUCAACUGUGGAAUAUUGUUGGUACUAAACUUGGCAAGGGUGGCAAGUACGGGUGUACCAAGCUGGUACGAGGGUACAAGGAGGAGGCUACAAACGACGACAUGUUGCCCCCCAUCGGCCACGUGGUGUUUGUAGUACAUGGUAUCGGACAGAGCAUGGACAUGAGCUGCAUCAACAAGAGUGCCACGGAUUUUCGUCAGACGUGUUCUCAGAUUGCCAAGAAACAGUUUGAUGACAAGUGGACAUCUCGGAGGGCAGAGUUCAUCCCUGUAGAGUGGCGGACCUGGCUAUCACUAGAUAAAGGGGUUCUUAACGACAUUACCCCCCACGGAGUAAUGAAGCUGCGCUCAAUGUUCAAUGACUCCGUGUUGGACGUGCUUUACUACAUGAGUCCAAAGUUCGGUCCAGAAAUUCGCGAUGGCCUCAGGUUUGCUCUCCACAAGCAGUAUGCAGAGUUCAUUAAGCGCCACCCCACGUUCCUGGCUGAGGGGGGCACGGUCUCCAUCCUAGGCCACUCCCUCGGAAGUGUCAUAUCGUAUGACCUCCUGUUGGAGACAUGCGAGGCUAGGGGAAUACCCCACUACCAAUCAUCGCCAGCAGGGGGAUUUACCCCCUCGGUACCGGAUGCAACGCAGGGAAUUCCUUCAAAAGGAGCUUCUCGUGACAGACCUGCUAAUACAGAUGUCAAGCUUGUCGGUGGAUCAGGGGGCGUGGCUUUCACAAAGGUCAGGGCCUCACCACCCCCAGCAUACACAGAGGAACCAGACUCCACCUAUUCUGUGAGUGACGACUAUGCUGCUAGACUGGAGCUGGAGAAGCUGCGGUCACGGGUGACUGAGCUGGAGACCCGGCUAGGAGAGAGGAAGGGGCCACAGGGACUCAACUUUUAUGUUGACCAUUUCUUUGCACUGGGUUCUCCGCUGGCCGUGUUUCUGAUGAUGCGAGAGCACGAACACCUCAUCCGGAGAAGCCACAUGAGUGCCGAGAGUCUGUUGCCGUCCUGCGUGUGCAACCGUAUCCACAACGUACACCACCCCUCAGAUCCAGUGGCCUAUCGUCUUGAGCCGCUCAUUAAUCCUAUCUAUGCUCAAAUAAAACCAGUUCGUAUUGACAGUGGGAGUAAGAUCUCGAAAGAUGCAAUAGACCAUGCCGAAGGUACGAGGGCCAAACCACAGCUGCAGACGAGUCAGGGGAAGUCGUGGUUCAGUUCUCUCGCUCUGUUUGCUAGUAACACUGCCUCUAAAACUAUGAGAUCAUCUCCUGAGCCGGCUAGAGCCAAGUCCAUUGACAAGGUGGCAGACAAUGACAAAUCACUAAAGCCAGAAGAGAGGCUUCGUGAGCGACUGGAUUUUAUGUUGAAGGAGAGUUUUGCUGAGAAUAGUUACAUCAACUCGCUCACUGCCCACACAGGAUAUUGGACCUCCACUGACUGUGCUCAGUACGUCCUCCUGCAGCUGUACUCGUACAAGAGGGACACUUAAUUAGAACAUGUACACCAUCAUAUACAUGCGUAUCUCAUUAGUAUUGGCCUAAUGCCAAUUUUUAUAGUCCAGAACAAAUUUUUGUAUUUGUGUGUGUACCAGUUUGUGUGCGUAUUAUUUAUACGUAGCUUCAUUAUAAUUAUUAUGAUCGCAUGUGUGUGACACUAUACUAUUAUGUUCAAUUGGACAAAAUUCA